CGUGUGACGUUUUAAAAUAGCUGCUCUAUGGGACAGUUGUUGCGCAGACAGCAGGUGUUCGCUGCGGGUGAUUUAUGCUUCUCGUAGAGGAACUCUGUCAGAAAUCUCACUCAUCCUAAAGUUUGUAUGGGGGAAGGAAAAGCGGGUGGCAACGGGCAGUUGACUCAGUCACUAGUGCUGGAUUGACCCAUCCCUUGUGAGUGUAUGAGCAUGCUAGUUGAGAGCAGCCAGGACUUUUUGGAAGGCGACGUUAAAAGAGUGUUUGGAUCCUGUGCGGUUAUCACUGGCAGCCCAGUGAGGCUGUUUCUGUAUGGAAGGGAAUGGGAAAACAGGCCUGCAGUAGCUACACUGAGCUCCCAUGGAAGCACAGUAUUUUUGUAGCCUUGCUGCUGUCUCACCUGUGUUGCUUACAAGUAUGGGCACAAUGCAAAAUACUGAAGUGUAACUCUGAGUUUGUAGCUGCCACCUUGGACCUUGGUAGUGGGGUUGGCAGGGAGGGUGGGAACGCCGGUUACUGCAGUGCCUUGCGCUCUUAUGCCCACUGCACCCGCCGGACGGCUCGGGCCUGCAGGGGGGACCUGGCAUACCACUCUGCCGUCCAGGGCAUCGAGGACCUCCUCAUGCAGCACAGCUGCCCCAAAACAGGGCCCACUGCUCAGCCACGACCCCAGCCCCAGCCCCCUGUCUCCAGAGAUGUCUGUUUCUAUGAGAAGAGCUACCUGCAGCGUGAGGGACAGGCCCCAGAGUACCUCCACUGCGGCGUGUUUGGGGACCCCCAUGUGCGCACCUUCCAUGACGAGUUCCAAACCUGCGCAGUGCAGGGAGCAUGGCCUCUCAUUGAUAAUGAGUACCUGUAUGUGCAGGCAACCAGUGCAGCCAUGCCAGGAGGAGUGUCUGCUACAGCCCUCACUAAGAUAACUAUCAUCUUUAAGAAUUGGCGUGAGUGCAUCGAGCAGCAGAUCUACCACGCUGAGCUGGACAACGUGCCCCCAGCCUUUGUCGAUGGCUCCAUCACCAGCGGUGAGAGGCGCGGCCAUCACAGUCUGCAGGUGAGCACUGAGGCCCCCGGGCGGCACGCGCAGAUCAAUGCCACCCACAUCGGCACUACGCUGGUGGUGCGCCAAAGCGGCCGCUCGCUGAGCCUCUCGGUGCGUGCCCCCCGCGCCAUUGUGGACACCUUCAGCCCUGAGCAGGACUUGCAGCUUUGCAAGUGGGGCUGCCCGGCCUCCCAGCGGCUGGAACACCCGCAGGCACAGCCGGGCACGACGGCCUAUGUACACUGCGCCUCCCUGCUCCCCGCCAAGGACAUGUACUUCCAGGCCUGCCUGUUUGACGUCUUGACCACGGGGGACGUUAACUUCAGUGCCUCGGCGGUGGCGGCACUGCAGGAUGCGCGCAGCAUGAUCGCAGAUGCUGGGAGAGUGCAGUUGCUGUCAGCAGCAGUGACCAGUCACCCAUCAUGUGCUAUGCUUACGCUUCUGAUGAUGGCUCUCACAAACGUCAUUCUCACAUUUCUUGUAGAGCGAUGCGUAUGAUGUUGGGACUUCCUGUUGUCAUGGUGGACAUAAAAGCCAAAGAACCUUUUUAACUUAUUGUGAAAUGAUCUGUUAGUUAUUAGUUCUUUCGAUCAAAAUUACUAAUUUAUUAGGGAACACUGUGCUACUGUAUAUUUAAUUGCUGUUGGGAAAUAAUGAAUUUGUAGGUUACUUUUUCUUGUAAUUUGUGGUGUGACAUACAUUUCUGAUAGUCCAUUGUGAAGAACAAAGCUAAAUGUAUUACAAGCCACUAAAAUCAUAGAUUAUAUUAUUAUCCCAUUGUGGGGUUAAAAAUGAGCUGGUAGUGCUUUGUUUAAAUUAUUUAGCAAGUAACUGGAUAUUUCUCCUGUGAUGCCUCUUACACCCACUGCAGGGGUUCAGGGAGGCAUAUUUUGCACCUAAUAUAAAAUAAGCUUUAGUAUUUAUAAACUCUUUUAGUUAAACUUUCAUGCCAUUAAUUUAAACUGCUUAUAUAUGUGAAUAUAGUGAGAGUAUGAACAUAGUGUCGUGUCACUGAUAAAGGCAUAUUUUACAAAACCAUAAGUUAUUGCUAUUUUUUAAAUCUUUGUAAAGCCAGUGGAAAAGUGUCACUUUCAUGAUGAAAACGUUACAUACAUAAUAAUGUAAAUGAAUAGGACACAGUCUGGAACUGUACCUCUGUCAAAGAAUAUAUGUUGCUUGUGUGAUAUGUUGUUUGUGUUUUAGGUGUAUUGAUUACUAACUGCCUCCCAUGACAGCGGGAGUGAUACAAAAUAUAUGCAGGUUAAAUGAAAAUAGCUUUAUAUUUAUUGGGCAUAAAUCUUGGGACUGGAAGCCACUUUGGUAUAUAUUCACAUAGUAUUACCGUAACAUUGUUACAUGAGAUGUUAGCGGCUGUUUAUAGUGUUGCAAAGUCUGUACGUAAAUAAUAUAUUGUUUUGUGUUUUAAGCUAAUAAAAAGAGAAUGUCUAUCCCAAACACAAAA